AUGGCAUCUUCAAUCGACCCCUCGCAACCCCCCCUCUCACCCACCUUCGAAGCCGGCACGAUCCCGCACGAGACCAUUUCCACACAGACACUGAUCGACACGCUCAAAAUGACAAAGCACCCAGAGGGCGGCUACUUCACCGAACUCGACCGCGAUCCCCGCACAGUCUCCAACCCCUUCCAGGACCAUCCGUAUGCUACUACCGCACAGGCGCCGCUCUCCGGCGACAAUGCUGUCCGGAAUGCGUCGACGAGCAUCCUCUACUUGUUGACGCCGCACUCGCCGCAGGGCUGCUUUCAUAGGAAUGCUGGCAGGACUGUGCACACGCUUAUUCAGGGGCGAGGGCGGUAUGUACUUGUUCAUGAUGAUGAGGGGGAGGGGGGGAAGAAAAGAGUGGAGAGUUUUGUGGUUGGGAAGGAUGUAGAGGCGGGGGAGAGGGUGGUGUGGAUUGUGGAGGGGGGCAAGUAUAAGGCGAGUUUUCUUGAGGCGGAGGAAGGGGUCGAUGAGUGGGAGAGUAGGCUGUUGAUUAGCGAGACGGUUGUUCCGGGAUUCGAGUACGCGGAUCACGAUUUCUUGACUGAGGAAACUUGUGGGGAGAUUUUGACACCGGAGCAGGCUGACGAACUGCGGUGGUUGGUUAGGAAAGAAUAAGGCGAUGAUCAUAGCAGGAGUGGUGCUCAACGAUCAACUAAAAGAGUCGUUUCUGAUUGAGAGGUAGACCAUUGAUAUGGUCUGUCUAAAUCCCGCCGAGAGGCACCGCCAUCAUAUGUCGGGAGCCCUGGGGUACAACUUUGGCCAUGUGCUAUAUUGACCCGGACGCAAUGGCGAUACUUCGUUGUCACCAUCAAGAUCUUGAUGGUCUGUCCAAGUGUUACGAUAGGUCAAGGUCGUGAUAUUGUCAUCAUUUUGCUGGUGAAUUUGAACUGCCCUUAUACAUGAAAAGAGCCAACCCGGCAAUCUGCAAUGAGACAAGAUGCAUUGAUCGACAAGGGGUGCUGGCUG